CCUCUUCCAUAGUUUUCCAACUGACCAGGAAUUUGAAAGGAGUCGUCGGUUCGAGCGGAGAAAUGGGUUGGGCAAUAGCAUUACAUGGCGGCGCCGGCGACAUUCCGCUCUCUCUGCCGCUGGAACGCCGUGAGCCGCGAGAAGCCGCUCUCCGCCACUGCCUCCAGAUCGGCGUCGCCGCUCUCCAGACCAAACGCCCUCCACUGGACGUCGUCGAACUUGUGGUUCGUGAGCUAGAAAACAACCCAAACUUCAAUGCCGGCAGAGGGUCUGUGCUAACCACCGAUGGUACGGUCGAAAUGGAAGCUUGCAUCAUGGAUGGAAACACGAAGAAAUGUGGAGCUGUUUCGGGUCUUACCACUGUUGUUAAUCCCAUAUCCUUAGCAAGGCUGGUUAUGGAGAAAACCCCUCAUAUAUAUCUUGCAUUUGAUGGGGCAGAGGCAUUUGCAAGGGAACAAGGUGUUGAAACUGUUGAUGCAAGUCAUUUUAUUACUCCUGAAAAUAUUGAAAGGUUGAAGCAAGCAAAAGAAGCCAACAGAGUGCAAAUUGAUUAUACACAACCUAUUACAAAAGACAUGAAGAAAGAAACACCAACUGCUGAUGGUGAUAGCCAGAUUGGAACGGUGGGAUGUGUGGCUGUUGACACUCAUGGAAAUUUAGCAGCUGCUACUUCUACUGGUGGACUGGUUAACAAAAUGGUGGGCAGGAUUGGGGACACACCCAUUGUAGGUGCAGGGAACUAUGCGAACAGCCUGUGUGCAGUCUCUGCCACAGGAAAAGGCGAAGCAAUAAUACGUGGUACUGUUGCAAGAGAUGUGGCAGCACUCAUGGAGUACAAAGGGCUUUCACUCAAGGAAGCAGCAGCGUAUGUCAUAUCAGAGUGCGCUCCAAGAGGCACUGCAGGCUUGGUUGCUGUUUCUGCCACAGGAGAAGUCACCAUGCAGUUUAAUACAACAGGUAUGUUCCGAGCUUGUGCUUCAGAAGACGGGUAUUCGGAGAUUGGAAUAUGGCCAAAUUCUAAGCAAAACUGAGUGAUUUUGGAAUUCUGAAUUGUUGUCAAAUAUUGAAACAUUACUUAGCCAGAAAGAUGUUGUCAUUUGAACAUUAGUCUUCAUAUGAUCCUGAUGGAAAUGGUUCCUGAAGACUCAUUUCUCAUGUUUCAAACAGAAACAACAUUGUGUUGGUAUUGUUAUGUUAUCCAAAUUAUGGUAUUGUCAAAAUAUUUUACUCUAUUGCAAAUUUC